AUGGCUUCUCCCCUCCCCGUCCGUGCUGCGGCCCUGUCCCGCGACACCAACGAGACCUCGAUCCAAAUCGCCCUCAGCAUCGACGGCGGCGAGCUCCCCCAAGAUGCCGACCCUCGCCUGCUCGAGGCCACCAGCGCUCACGCCUCGCAGACCAGCAAGUCGCAGGUGAUUUCCAUCAACACCGGCAUUGGCUUCCUGGACCACAUGCUCCAUGCGCUGGCCAAGCACGCCGGCUGGAGCAUGGCGCUGAACUGCAAGGGCGAUCUCCAUAUUGACGACCACCACACUGCCGAGGACUGCUGCAUCGCCGUCGGCGCCACCUUUGCCAAGGCCCUCGGUGCCCUCACCGGCGUCGCCCGCUUCGGCUAUGCCUACGCCCCUCUCGACGAGGCCCUCUCCCGCGCCGUCGUCGAUCUCUCCAACCGCCCGUACACCGUCGUCGACCUGGGCCUCAAGCGCGAGUACCUCGGCCAGCUCAGCUGCGAGAUGAUCCCCCACUGCCUGCAGAGCUUUGCCCAGGCCGCCCGCAUCACCCUGCACGUCGACUGCCUGCGGGGCGACAACGACCACCACAGGGCUGAGAGUGCCUUCAAGGCGCUGGCCGUGGCUAUUCGCAUGGCUACUACCAGGGUUCAGGGCCGAGAGGGAGAGGUUCCCAGCACCAAGGGCACUUUGAGCGCUUAA